AUGUUAUUCAUCGCUUAUCUCAUCAUCUGCACUUUGGCGGCCGCAGAGCAGCCGCCUGCAUCUUCUCCAACAACUACUCCUUCUUCAACUAAUUCAACAGAAACGACAAUGACUGACGAACAACUUAAAAAGAAAUAUAACGAAGACUUCGUGCAGUCAGUGAAAGACCGAGCGGUGCUGAUUCAAAACGAGAAGAAGUACGACGACUAUCGGAUGAAGCAGAUCGAGCAACAGAGAAAGAGUUUUAUAGACAAUUACAAAAAGAUGAAGAUCGAAGAAAAACGACUUGAUUUGGUGAAACGUGGGAUGGAACCCGGGAAGAAGCCUACUUUAAUGACAGACCCCGUAUGGAAAAGAAUCGGAUUACCAGACCCUACAAUACCCACAAACAACACUAAUAGUACUAAUGGUACAAAUAGUACAAUUCAACCUCCUCCACACUACCCAAUAGAUCCACUCGUUAGAUAA